GACGGAACUUAAGCGCAAAUUUGAGCAGAUGAAACAAGACAGGAUCACCAGAUAUCAGGGUGUUAACCUUUAUGUGAAAAAUCUUGAUGACGGUAUUGAUGAUGAGCGUCUCCGGAAAGUGUUUUCUCCAUUUGGUACAAUCACUAGUGCAAAAGUAAUGAUGGAGGAUGGGCGCAGCAAAGGAUUCGGUUUUAUAUGUUUCUCCUCCCCUGAAGAAGCCAUAAAGCAGUUACGGAGAUGAAUGGCAGAAUUGUGGCCACCAAGCCACUCUAUGUAGCUUUAGCUCAGCGCAAAGAAGAGCGCCAGGCUCACCUCACUAACCAGUAUAUGAAGAGGAUGGCAAGUGUACGAGCUGUGCCCAACCCUGUGAUCAACCCCUACCAGCCAGCACCUCCGUCAGGUUACUUCAUGGCAGCUAUCCCACAGACUCAGAACGAUGCUGCAUACUACCCUCCUAGCCGAAUUGCUCAACUAAGUCCUCACUGGAUUGCUCAGGGUGCCAGACCUCAUCCGUUCCAGAAUAUGCCCGGUGCUAACCGCCCAGCUGCUCCUAGACCACCAUUUAGUACGAUGAGACCAGCUUCCUCACAGGUUCCCCGAGUCAUGCUAACACAGGGUGUUGCUAACACAUCAACACAGACAAUGGGUCCACGUCCUGCAGCUGCUGCUACUGCAGCUACUCCUGCUGUCCGCACUGUUCCCCAGUAUAAAUAUGCUGCGGGAGUCUGCAAUCCCCAGCAACAUCUUAAUGCACACCCACAAGUUACCAUGCAACAGCCUGCGGUUCAUGUGCAAGGUCAAGAACCUUUAACUGCUUCCAUAUUGGCAUCUGCACCCCCGCAAGAGCAAAAGCAAAUGUUGGGUGAACGGCUGUUUCCUCUUAUUCAAGCCAUGCAGCCUUCUCUUACUGGCAAAGUUACUGGCAUGCUGUUGGAGAUUGAUAACCCAGAAUUACUUCACAUGCUUGAGUCUCCAGAGUCUCUCUUCUCAAAGGUCAAUGAAGCUGUAGCUGUACUACAAGCCCGCCAAGCGAAAGAGGCUGCCCAGAAAGCAGUGAGCAGUGCCACUGGUGUCCCAACUGUCUAAAUUGAUCAGGGACCAUGAACAGAAACUUGUGCUUCACCGAAGAAAAAUAUCUUAAAUAUCGAAAAAUUUAAAUAUUAUGAAAAAAACAUUGCAAAAUGUAAAAUAAAUGAAAAAAGGAAAGGAAACUUUGAACCUUAUGUACCGAGCAAAUGCCAGGUCUAGCAAACAGUGCUAGUCCUAGAUUACUUGAUUUAAAACAACAAAAAAAAUAGUAAAAUAUAAAAACAAAUUAAUGUUUUAUAGACUCUGGGAAGAGAAUUUUCGGCAAAGUACAAAAAUUUAAAGCAUUCCUUUCUUUAAUUUUGUAAUUCUUUACUGUGGAAUAGCUUGGGACAUCAGUUCUGUUCUAAGGACCGGCCGAUGACUGAGCAAGGAAACGUAAUUUGGAUUAUAAAAUUCUUGCUUUAAUAAAAAUUCCUUAAACAAUAAAAAGAAAAAAAAAAGUA